AUGCAGCUCAAGACAUCGCACAAGUGUACUCUGGGGGACGGAAAGCAGGAAAUCUUCUGCGUUCGGUUUGCCCCGGACGACUCGUACUUGGCUGCUUGUGGGAAUGGGUUUGUCCACGUGUACAACACGAGUACAUCCCAAUUGGCGUUUCGGCUUGCCGGCAGCAGAUCAGAGGAUAGUGGCUUGCCGGUGACGCAAGUGAGAUGGCGGCCAGAGUGCUUUGGCCACACAAAGUCCAUCCUCGUCUCAGUGGGAGCCGACGGGAAGAUUACACACUGGCAUGCCUUCUCCGGCAAGCAGAUGCAUGAGCUGAUCGAGCCAGAGAAUCAACUCUUUUGUCUCGAUUUUCUGUACGAUGGCACGCAGUUUGCCACUGCUGGCAAACAGCGCCACAUUCGGAUUUACGAUGAGUCCACAAAGAAGCUUGUUCAGCUCAUGCGAGGUGGAGACGAUGCAAACAGCGUCGGCCCAUCAAAUCGUGUCUUCUCGCUGAAGUAUCACCCGCUAAUGCGGCAUGUGAUUGUAAGUGGAGGUUGGGACAGCUCCGUGCAGAUUUGGGAUACCCGCCAGGGCCGGGCCGUACGAGCCAUCGCUGGCCCACACAUUUGUGGCGAUGCUUUGGACAUUUGUCAGGAUGGUGCAACUGUUCUCACUGGUUCCUGGCGCAUCCAAGACCAGCUUCAGCUCUGGGACUUCAGGAUGGAGAGGCUCUUGGCCACCUUGCCGCUUUCCCAGAGCACGCCUUGCAUGAUUUAUGCGGCCCAAUUCAGCAAGGAUGACACUUCUGGUAUGAUUGCGGCUGGGGGCAGCGGUGAUCAUGAGGUCAAGGUCUUUCAGCGUAUGGAAAGCGGUGAGGCUUGCGCACAGACAGAACCUUUCGGCAAGAUCUCCGGAUUUGCGCAGGCAUGCUAUUGUGUGGACUUUGCAAAUGCUGGUGACAUGUUGGCUGCUGCUGGAGGUGAUGGCAUCAUUCAAAUCAUGAACAUCCAUAGGCAACACGCGCAUGUCUAG